AAACCAGUAAAAAAAUAAAAAACUGCCCAACCAAAUCCCACCACCGUGAUGCCGCCGGCGCCACCGCUUCCAGCCUAAUCCCUCCCCAAUUCCUUCCCAAAACAGCAAUGUCGGGCUCCAGCAAGCAGGCGCUGAAGCAACGCGUGCUGACGUGUCUCCACAAGCUCUCCGACAGGGACACCCACGCCGCCGCGGCGGUGGAGCUGGAGUCCAUCGCCCGGAGCCUCCCCUGCGCCGCCCUCCCCUCCUUCAUCUCCUCCGUCACCUCCACCGACUCCUCCGACCGCUCCCCCGUCCGGCGCCACUGCCUCCGCCUCCUCUCCGCCCUCGCCGCCGCCCACCGCGACGCCCUCUCGCCGCACCUCUCCAAAAUCCUCUCCUCCCUCCGCCGCCGCCUCCGCGACCCGGACUCCGCCGUCCGCGCCGCCUGCGUCGCCGCCGCCCUCUCCCUCGCCUCCCACCUCACCUCCCCUCCCUUCGCCUCCCUCGCGAAGCCCUUCCUCGAGUCCCUCUUCUCCGAGCAGGACGCCGGCGCCCAAAACGGCGCCGCAUUGUGCCUCGCCGCGGUGAUCGAGGGUUUCCCGCACCCCGACGCCGGGAGCCUCCGCAGGCUGCUGCCGAAGCUCGAGAAGCUCGCGAAAUGCGAUGGAUUCAAGGCGAAAGGUGCGAUCUUGGCGCUCUUUGGGAGCAUUGUGGAGGUUGAGGGAGUGCUUAGCGGCGGCGGAGUCAGGAAUUUGAUCAAGUGUUUGGUGGAGUUCUUGAGCAGCGAGGAUUGGGCGGCAAGGAAGGCUGCUGCGGAGGCGCUGGUGAAGGUGGCGGCGGUGGAGAGUCAAAGAGAUGCGCUUUCGGAAUGUAAAGCUUCUUGCUUGAAGACUUUUGAAGCUAGGCGAUUUGAUAAGGUGAAGGCUGCGAGGGAGAGUAUGAAUUUGAUGGUGGAAGCUUGGAAGGAGAUUCCUGAUCCAACGGCUGAGGUUUCAUCUAAAGAAACUGGGGCUGGCUCGAAAACCGAACCAUCUUCGCAAGUGAAUAAAAUCAGCCAGCAUGGCUCUAGGGGGAGAGCUUCUGUAGGGAGCAAUGGGAACAGAACUAGUCCUCCAAUGUUCCGAAAAUUGGAUAGCAAGAAGCCCUCCAACGCGAAAGUAGACGUUUCUCCUGCUGCUGAUGAAGCUCGUAUUAGCUCUUCUGCCACGCCGGUUUCUGGGUAUAAGCGUGGGGAUGGGGUGGGUGGAGAGGAGAGGAGGCGGUUUGAGAAUCCGGAAAUCAGAAGGGCGCUGUUUAGUGAGAGCUACGAGAAGCGGGAUCAUAGUGUUGUAGUUAGUAAUGAAACCGGAGAUAUGUGUAGGAAUCAGGGAGACUGUGAAGACCUGGCUCUGAUCAGGAAGCAGCUUGUUCAGAUUGAAAAUCAGCAGUCGAAUUUGUUGGAAAUUCUUCAGAGAUUUAUUGGGAGCUCACAGAGAGGCAUUCAGUCAUUGGAGGCGCGUGUGCAAGGUUUAGAGCUCACGCUGGAUGAGAUCUCGUAUGACUUGGCCACCUCCACUGGGAAGAUGUCUAUAAAUGGAGCUUCGUGCUGCUCGCUGCCAGGUGCAGAUUUCCUCAGCUUGAAGCUGCGCAGAAAGACACAAGCGCUGUCUGCCUCUUGCGGAACCUCUCCAUCGACUGCAGCAGCUGGCAGCAUUCCUCGUAAGAACGAAGACGGUGGCAGAGGGUUUCUGUUGCAGAACCGGAGGCGUCCCCUCCAUGGGGGGCGUGGGGUUAUAGUGAUGAACCCACUAGCUGAAAUCCCUCCUCAGGUUCAUGCUUGAUUGAGGAUGUUCAGACAUCAUUCUUCCUUACCAAGAAUGUUUUGAGCUAUGUUUGUCAACUCAAUGAGAGAAGAGAUGAAGAAAAGGCCGAUGCACCGCCUUUUGGCCGGAGUUGCUCCAACUGCGGUGGCUCAAAAUGUUGUAGAGUGGAUGCAUUUUGUAAUCCAUUUUCAUAUGUAGUGAUAAUCUGUCUUGAUUUAGGAUGAUGACUAUAUCAUCAUUUGUAUGUACAUAGUGCUGUGAAAUUAGAUUCAACUUUGCUAAUGUGAAACCUCAUGACUAACAUAUCUUUUCAUUCAGAAAAUAUGAAUAUUGAAUA